CAUUCUCCCCCCCCAACCCGUGUGUCACCCGGGCGCAAUUCGCAGGCGCACGCCCGGCGUCUCUUCGCAGGCAAGAUGGCGGCGCCCAUGGUGAGAUGCUGCAUGAGAGCAGUUACCUCUCUCUGUCCUAACCGUGUUUUCACCAGGCUUGGUAAACAGUGUACAGUGCUACCUACUUUUUCUAACUUGUUGAUCUCGGAUAGACCCUAUUCUGCAAAGAAACAGUCCAGUAAAACAAAACCCAAAAGUGGCACCAAAGGGAAAACCUCUGAACCGGAGCCCGUCCGAAAAAGGAAACGUUUCAAACCAGUCUUGCUGAGUGAGCCGACCGAUGAUGUCUAUUUGACGUGGUACUACCAGAGACCCAUUUAUGAAGCAGAAGUGGCUGUAGAUAUGCUGAAGAAGUUUCAGGAACUGGACUUUACCUACCCUAGGCAGCACGUGUAUGCUGAUAUCACGCUGGAUAUGUCAAUGGGCAAGAAGAAACCCCUGGAACCGUUUGAGGCGACUGUUCUUCUGCCCCAUCGGUUUGUGGAUGACUUCCAUAAGGUUGUGGCAUUUACAGAGAAUGCCGAAGAAGCUGCUCUUGCAAAAGAAAACGGAGCUGCGUUUGCAGGAGGGUUCGAACUAGUUAAGUCUAUUUUAGAUGGCGAAAUCCAAGCAGAUUACUACGUAGCUGUGCCUGCAAUGCUAAACAAAAUCAACAGUUUAAGGACCGUGCUAAACGACAAGCAUCCGCGGGCUAAAAACGGGUCUGUCAGUUACGACAUUCCAAAGAUGCUGAGCUUCUUCAGAGCGUGCCACACGUACAAGGUGGAGGCGGAUCACCGCGUCCAGUCGCCGAUCGCAACGCUGGAUAUGCCGACUGAUCACAUAGUUGCCAAUAAGCUCGCGAUUCUGAAAGGAUGUGUAUGGCUGCAAUCUUUAGCCUAUGGCUCCUUUGUGACCCGUUUGUUUAUUCGGAGUUCGACCAGCGAAGGGUUACAGUUGAAGUUUGAGCGCUUUGUCCCGCAACCAGCUUCGAAAGAAAAAGCAGAAGAGAAAGUGACGGAAGGGGACGCCGACACGGACGACGAAGAGAUGCAGGAAGCCAAAUAACCGGCGUGUCGACUUCACCAUUUUCUGUGUAGUAAAGCCUGAAAGCAGCAACUCCUCUCGUUUCGGUGGGACUUAAGACCGUACAAUCGGUGGUCGUACAAUCGGUGGGACUUGAGAUCGUCCAUCCGCCCCACCCCCUGGUCCCUCGAGCAAAGUAUCCAUAACUCAAGUUGAACAAAUCAAUUUAAUUUUAAAAAGACAGAUUUGGGUUUUAUGUCUAGUCCUGAGAACCCGUCUCAAUGAUUUGAGAUUCCGAUUGAGUGUGAAAAUGACUUCCGGCGUAACACACCUUCAUUCGUAUGCUUCACUUACAUACAAUCCUCGACGGCUCAGAGCUCUUGCUAGUGAUAGAAAGUCCCAGUCCGCUUUGCAUUGGUAUGUUGGCAGGGUUUGGCUGCAGAUAGCUUUACUGCAUAUGUAAAGGCUCCACUCUCCCUUCGCUUGUUUAAGCAGCAUAAAGAGUUGGUGGAAUCAUUCUUUAAACUUAAUUUUUUGUAGAAAGAAUAGCAGUGGGAGUGCGUUAUUAUCAUCUGUAAUUAUCUUUUGUUCGUGGUAUUCUUUUAAGAAUUAAAUUGCUACAUUGCAGUUUUAUGGA